AUGACCCGCCGUUCACUGUCCACAUCGCCUUCUCCUCCGCCGCGGGCUCCAAAACGCGCUAGAACCGAGCGCGUCCUGACCCCUGACGACUAUAAAAAUGGCGUCGUUCUUGCUCCUAUGGUCCGCUCUGGCGCUUUGCCAACCCGGUUAUUUGCCCUCAAGUACGGGGCAUCACUUGUCUGGGGUCCAGAGAUGGUGGACAAAGCCAUACUACACGCCGAGAGGACAGUUGACGAACGAACGGGGACCAUUGUAUACAGAGGUGCUGGCAAGCCCAUGUUUACCACUCAUCCCAUCGAAAAGCCGUACUUCAUUUACCAAAUCGGCUCCGCCGACCCGGAGCUCGCCGUUAAAGCCGCAAAAUUCGUCAUGCAGGACGUGUCCGGCAUCGACCUCAACUGCGGAUGCCCCAAACCUUUCUCCACGCACGCGGGGAUGGGUGCCGCCCUUCUCACCAAUCCCGACCUACUUUGCUCUAUCCUCACUGCGCUCAGGAGGGAGCUUCCGCCGGAGAUAUCAAUUUCUGCGAAGAUCAGACUACUUCCGAGUCAAGAGGACACGCUCAAGCUUGUGGAACGAAUCGUGAAUACUGGUGUCAACGCCCUGACGGUGCAUUGCAGGACGCGGAAUAUGCGCCCGCGAGAACGGGCGCUGAUUGAACGACUGAGAGAGAUUGUUGAAUUCGUCGAGCGAUUGGGCAAGGGCACUGCCGUUAUUGCGAAUGGCGACUGCACCAGUUUCGAGGACGCGAAGCGUGUUAGAGAGGUGACCGGUCCGCUUUCAGGUGCCCAUUCGGUCAUGAUUGCCACUGCUGCAGAGGCGAAUCCUUCAGUGUUCUCUCCUACUCCGCUCCAACAUGUGGACCGAACCCUGAUACCUCCGUAUGUCCGCCUAUCGAGGUGGCUCGACAACCACUGGUCGAAUACCGCCUUUUGCAUCCGGCAGUUCAAGUCGCCUCAUCCUGGCGUCUCCAAAGCCGAGUACAUGGCACGCAGCGAGAUGGUUCGCGUGGCCAAAUCUUACGAUGAUAUGGAUGGAUAUGUUGACGGACAAUGGGAUGGCGAGGCAGUUUUCCGGGACAUUGAAGACACACUCUCUCAUAGGCCCGAUUGGGUUUCGUGGUGGGACGUCAAAAGACCUGGAAAGGUCGAUCUCGGUUCACUCGUCAGUGAGCAGCGGGCAAGCGCACAAGAUCCCGAGCUAACCGCUCCAGAACCCGCGCUUUUGACGGAAACAUCAUCGCUGCCAACUACUCCCCCGGACUUCCGACCCAACCCUGAACCUGUCGAUUUGUGGGCACCGCGGCCGUCCGAGGGCAAUCCUAUACCUGCCCUUGUUGCUGGUAGGGAUGAACCGACACCGACUCCUGGGGGUGAAGUCGGGGGUAUCGUGGCCGUGUAA